UCUCUCAUGGGCACAAGCACCCCGUCAUUGACGCUGCCCUCAAGUUUCAGCCUUGACUGGAGAGUAUGAGAACCUAGUCCGGCCGGAGGCUGGCUUCCAGCAGCAGCUAACCCCUGGCAGUGUCCUGUGCUUGGGGUUGGGGGUCGGUGCAUGUCUGGGCCCAGGCCCUCAGCUGUGCAGGAGGCGCUGGCUCUGUGUGUGGCGCAGGAGGUGGGUCUAGAUGUGCCCAGACUGUGGAGGCACGCAUUGUGGACACGGGGGACACCCCCUUCUGUGUUGCCCCCUCUCUCCUUCCAGGGUAGCCAGGGACCUGCUGUCCCACUCCUCAGGGGUAAGCAGAGCUAGGGCAAGAGAGCUAUCCGGGGCCCAGCGCUUGGGAGCUCUGUCCAGGGGACCAGCUGUCACUAGCAGCAGAGGCCCGCGCAUCAGGGGCGCGCACCGGGAGCGCGCACCCGAGUGGCAGCGGCACGCACAGGCUACCCCAGAGUUCCGCUGCAGCCUUGGUCCCUGUCUCUUUUCUUCGGGUCCCCGCGGCCUCUGUCAUCGUCCCCAAAUCCUGGUCCCCUGAGCCCGAGUUCUAGUCAUGGAGCAGCUGUUGCGUACUGAGCUGCGCACCGCGACCCUGCGGGCCUUUGGGAGCCCCGGAGCGGGCUACAUCAGCGAGGGCCGCUCCUACGACACGGAUUCCGGCCCCGUGUUCGUCAAGGUCAACCGCAAGACGCAGGCCCGGCUGAUGUUCGAGGGAGAGAAGGCAAGCUUGGAGGCUCUGCUCGGCACAGGCCUGCUGCGUGUGCCUCGGCCCAUAAAGGUGAUUGAUCUGCCAGGAGGCGGGGCCGCCUUUGUGAUGGAGCAUUUGAAGAUGAAGAGUUUGAGCAGCCAGGCGUCAAAGCUCGGGGAACAGAUGGCUGAUUUGCACCUUUACAACCAGAAGCUCAGAGAGAAGCUGAAGGGGGAGGAGAACACUGUGGGCUGCAGAGCGGAGGGUGUUGUGCCCCAGUAUGUGACUAAGUUUGGCUUCCACACCACGACGUGCUGUGGCUUCAUCCAGCAGGUGAAUGACUGGCAGGAUGACUGGCCGACCUUCUUCACCAGGCAUCGACUCCAAGCACAGCUAGACCUCAUCGAGAAGGACUAUGCUGACCGGGAGGCGAGAGAACUCUGGUCUAGGCUACAGGUGGGCACUGCAGCUACUUCUCUGGGAAAAAGGCAAUGCUCUCACAUCCUGCAACAUUCAUGGGGUUCUGAGUCCUGGAGUAGAGCUGGUCCAGUUGGGGACAUCCAGUUGGCUUCGCCUGAUGCUGGAUCACCAGCUGUCUCAUCUGAAGUUUUUCUAAGGUGCCUGGCUCGAGUGGUGGCCCCCACUGUCACCUGUCUCAUUAUUAGUAACACCUGCCCACUCUUCCCACUUCUGCCAAAACAUGAAUGUUUCUACUUUAGUGAAGAUGCAGGUUCUAGAAUGACUGGUUUCAAAUUAUAA